GGCGCGCUGGGAGCUGUAGUCCUGGCGCGGGAGCUCCAACGGUGCGCACCGCUGCUGGCUGGGGGUGGUCUGGGCGGCACGCUCCCCUGCACCUCCUCCGCCCCAGGCACCCUGCCUGCCUGCCUGCCUGCCUCACAAAGCCCCGGUGGCUGCUGCUCCUGAGGCUGCUUCCCUCCUCCUCCUCCUCCUCCUCCUCCACCUCUUCUUCCUCCUGCGCCCCGUCCCUCCUCCUCCUCCUCCCCCCUCUCCCUCCUCCCCUCCUCCGCGGCCCGUCCCUCCCCCACUGGCUGCUUCGGCUCCUGCGGGUUGCUGCUUGUGCGAGUGAGGGGAGGCUGGAGCCCGAGGAACGGCAGCAGCGGCGGCGGCGCAGGAGAAGGCGACCGGGCGGAGGCGGCGGAGGGCGACCACGAGCAGGGCGACCACCCCCAGCAGGCGGGAGCCGGAGCCGCUGCCGACGCGGAGGAGAACCGCAGGAUUGUGGAAUGCAGUGAAGACCCCACCUGCCCCUCAGUCAUAGACGGACUACGUUGGGACUAUUUUCAACUGGAGGAUAUACUUCAUCUGUAAAAGAGUUUUCACGUCUUCCACAAUGAAUCCUGUUUACAGCCCCGUUCAACCUGGGGCUCCCUAUGGAAACCCUAAAAACAUGGCUUAUGCAGGUUAUCCUGCUGGAUAUCCCACGGCUGCUCCAACCUACAACCCAAACAUGUAUCCAACCACCAGCCCUGGCUAUGCCCCAGCGACACUUCUGAUGAAACAGGCCUGGCCUCAGACAUCGUCCUCUUGUGCCACUGAGGGUACCUUUCACCUCCCAGUGGACACUGGGACCGAGAGCAGAACCUACCAAGCUUCAGCAGCAGCAUUCAGCCUUGUUUCUUGUUACUCAACAGGGUACACUGCUGGAACUCCCUACAAAGUCCCUCCUACGCAGAGUAACAAUGCACCUCCUCCAUACUCUCCAUCUCCAAACCCUUACCAAACUGCUAUGUACCCCAUCCGAAGUGCCUAUCCACAGCAGAACCUGUAUGCCCAGGGAGCAUAUUACACACAGCCUGUGUAUGCGGCACAGCCUCACGUCAUCCAUCACACCACCGUGGUCCAGCCAAACAGCAUCCCGUCUGCUAUUUAUCCCGCCCCUGUGGCUGCCCCCAGGACAAACGGUGUGACCAUGGGAAUGGUUGCUGGGACCACCAUGGCAAUGUCAGCAGGCACUCUGUUGACUACCCCUCAACACACUGCAGUUGGAGCACAUCCAGUCUCAGUGCCAACAUAUAGGGCUCAAGGGACCCCUACCUACAGCUACGUACCUCCACAUUGGUAAUCCCAUUGGCCAAUCCACAUCUGGAGUCAAACAUUGUAUGCAACAACUCAAGUCUUACAUCGGUGUUGGAGUCACUGUCCCACGGCACCGAGUCUGUUAGCAAGAACAAAACCAAGUGCAAGGGUCACUUUAUGCAUUCUUUAGGAUUUUGAUUUAAAAAAAAAACUUCUAAAGUUUAUUUUAUAAAAGCCGCUUCCCCACCUCUGCCCCAACCUCUGGCCACCUCCUUUUGUUUUUCUUCCCCUGUUUUGCCCCUCAAAAUUGCCCCCCGCCAUCACCCCCUGUUGCUGAGCAAUACUUACGCUUUCUUCCAUCGCCUCUCCCCGUCCUCUCAGUUUGCGAUCGCAUUUCGCUCUUCUUCAGUCCAGUGUUGCAAACGUCUCCUGCUGUCGUGUGUUACAUUCACAGAGUCCAUUUUGGUUUUACUAGCAAGAGUGAUUGACGUUCAGGGUUACAGAGUGAAAAAGCACAGUGCUGGCAGGCCUAUUCCUUCCCAUUUCAGUUCCAUUUACACAUACAUAUAUAUCCAGUGUUGUUUCACGUUCCAUAACAUGAUACGAGAAAAUUGGUGUCUUCCAGUUAGGCAUUGGAGUCAGACUUAGAGUUCAUUGUCUGCAUUGAAACAUGGAGUUCAUUUUGUGGUGUGUGUUUUUUAAACAGGAGUAGGCAAGAGGAUGAACGACGCAUGACACCCUCUUGUGUGGGGAGAAGCCAGAAGGCUGCUCAUCAUCCAGAGAUUUUGCUUGUGUGUGUUUUUAAGUUGUGGGGGAAUCUCUCCUGCCCUACCUCUGCACAACGGGAAGAGGAAGAGACAGAGGGGUGGACUGCAAGCUAGCCUAGGAAAUGAACAAGGGGCCAUCUGCUGCUCUGAUGGUAAUUCCGCUGUAUUGCCAGUUCAGAGGGGAGAGACAUGCUAGCACUCGUUCGACAAGCAGGGCAGCUGUAGUGGCAGUGAAAAGGCUUUCCAGGUGUUGGUCUUGACUCACUGCUUCCACAGAGUGCAGUGGGCUGAGGGUGAGACUGAGGAGCUGGUGGCAUGGAAUGGAUGGGAUCUGCUUAAUGGCCUCCAGACGGAAUAAAAAUCUGAGCCUCUCAGCCAAUGUGCUUUGUCAGUGUGUCUCAUCUGGCACAUGCUGAAAGUGUCCAUGCUUUUUGGAUCCAGCCAACAACCCUCAUGCAUGAUGGCCUCACCCCACCGUUUCAGCACAAGCCACCCAAGCAGUUUUCCCAGCAUGCCAUGCGCUUACGUGAAUUGGCCCAAAUUUGUGGUGCGUGUGCCAGGAGAUGGGUGCACUGCUGCUUCUUCGUGCCAACCCGGGUGAAUUCAGUUCACCUCUCUAGCCUUACCAGUGGUUAGUGGAACAUCCCUGCUGGACAGAAGACGGAGAGGCAAUUGGUUUCAUUUUCAUUUCUGAAGUCCAACAUAAUUCAAUGGGAAGGUGUCCUCCUACUUACAGCAAAGGUCAACAUGGCGGAAGGACGAGAGUUCUCCCUGCUAGGGCACACCAGGGCAAGCAAGGGUGAAAUGUCUGAUAGCUCAAACCAGAGAGAGUGUCAGGAGACCACAUCUGCUGAAAACGAGCCCGGGCUGGCCAUCCCGAUCUGCAGCCUGGCUCCUAGCUAACUUGUCGCGAUGGCAAGUCUGAUGGCUUCUGACAAACUGUGUUCUGGAAAGAGCUUUAAUCUGAGCAGGGCUCCUUUCUGCUGCUCCUGCGACUAGCCAGGCUAAAAGGCAUUGGCCAGAAGCAGAACAGUUUGGGUAGAAAACUGCCAGUAAAUGGCAGGGCAGAGCUGAAAUCACCCCUGGCAUCUGUGGGGAUGGCUUAUGGCACGUUCCCAGUAUUUUAGACAACUGGGUCACUUUUUGGUUGCAGGCAUAUUCUCGGUGAGUUGUGGCUGGUUUCUGAAGAGCCAGAAUCCUGACUGUGGGGCAACUCAGUACCUAGGUGCUGUCAGUGUCGGAUCCUGACACCCACCAUGAUGACAGGCUGCAGGUAGCUGGAAGCAGAGCAGAGGCAGCGGGCUGGAUGGCGGCCAGAAGCCAACGCCAGCGGCUGAAGCCGAGUGCAGGGCCCCAGGGCCAGCAGGAGGGAGGCACAGGCUGCAGAACCGACCAGGAAGGGGCAGGAGACCGGAUGGGAAGUGCAAAGGGGCAGACGAGGGGCUCCCUCAACAACAAAUGACUAGAUUUUGGCAAGCAAAACAGGAUUGCUUGGUAUGACCCGAUGAGGGUGCUGGUCCAUGGUUGCUGCAUUCUGACUUGAGUUGCCUGCAGCCCUUUCUGCUGACCAGCUGCCUUGGUAAGCCAGGGAAUGAGGUCAGUUUCUGAUCAGCAAGGCUCCCACUUCGAGUCCUGUGGCAUCUUCCGCUGCCCAUGGCCAGCUAGUGGCCUUGGGGAACUUCACAAGUUAGACAAGAUGGUGGCAGGCAUUCCCUGCCCCCAGCGACUGGCACUCGGCUUCCAUCUCUGAGCAGGGAGGCUGUUUCUCGCUGACGUAGCCCCUGACAGAAGUGGCCAUUGCAACAUCCUGUGGCAGUGGAUGCUGUCGAUACUGGCCCCUAUCCCAAACAGAGUGGAGUGGAUUUAAGCCAACAAAAGUAGGAUUUCAUUGCUUUGUUCUCAGACAGGAAGGACCAUCGAGCUAAAGAAGAGAGUGGCAGACAGAUCUGAAAUUGCGCUUUCCAAGUAGCAGGAGUGGAGUGUGGAUGUCGGAGAGAUAAAGGGAGCCUCCCUACCCCCGUAUCCCUACGGUGCUUUGUGACUGCCAUGUGUUACGCUGUCUAUGGUGGUGUUUCAUUGGUGAUCAGAUCUUUGUCCUGGGCAUCCCAGAAGGAUGUGGUAGGUAAAGUCGGUUGUGAGAGUUUUCCCAGGCGGUGCCUUUUUAGUCCCUAAAGCCCUUUUGGAAAUGGUCAAUGCAGUAUCGAGAGAGGGCAGCACUUUUUAAACAGAGUGUAUAUCCUGAUCAUGGUGGCUGUUCCAUUCCAUGUACAGGCUUGGGAAAUUUAGCCGCCCCCCCCAAAAAAAAGUCAUUUGUCAAACCGCUCUGUGUCAUCAUUCUGAAUCCCCACACUGGAGUAAAAUUCUCUGUGCUCCUCCCCCAGCCCCCCCACAAGCUGUACCAAAAGGGGCCAGCUGUCAGCCUCUUCAGGCCAGCUCCAUAAUGAAGCUGUUGCACCAUCCCUGAGGCACCUCUCCACAAAGAGGUCAUAGGAAUGUCUACCAUUGGGAUGGCGGGAUUGGACGGCUGGGAGGCAGCCCUCCGGUCAUGGCUGCUUGCAUCCUCCUCAACCGCCUGGCAUAGGAUUUUGACCCUUUUUUGUGCAAAGGAAAUGCGUCCCUGGCACUGGUGGUUGCUUCUGGAGCACAUUCUGCUAUGUAGCAACGGACUUGACCAUUCCCUGCCCAAACGGGUGCUCUGCAAAGUGAGUAUGGCUGGAAAGGAGAAUGACCUGUGCUCAGUGGCCCAGUGUGCUUCAUGGCUGAACCAAGGGAGGAGCUUGCCUCCCCUGGGUCAAAGGGUGGGCAGUGGCCUUUCACGAGCGCGGCAGAUGUGGUCUCCUCUCCUGAGAUUGACCUCUGCCCAAGAAAGCCUGUGCAAGGUCAGAAAACCGACCUGACAACCCGUUCCGCUGUCUAGGCAGCGAGCAUGCAAGCAGCAUGCUGGUCGUGCGCAGGUUGUUCACAGCGGGGGUGAUCUGUUUCCUUUUAGCAAUGCCCUCCCCCCCCCCACCGGUGUGUGUACUCCUUUAAUUGCUCAUCUUCUGGCAGUUCUGGGCAGGAGCUCUGGGGCGCUGUAACCCGGCCUUAUGAAGGCAGUUUGAAGUAAUUGGGAUCCAAUGUUUAAUAGUGCAAGUAAUCUUGGGAGCUCUGUUUGUAUAUAGCUGUAUAGUAAAUCCUUUAAAAUUUGACUGGAAGGCAGUUGGAAGGAGGAAGCCGAAGGUUGAGAAGUGGUUGGCGGGGGGCAGCAGCGGGCCGUGGGGUGGCUUGUGCCGUUGGACGGGGGAGGAUGUUUGAGGUGAGGCUGGUUGCGGAGCUGGUGGAAAGAGGUGGCCGUCUGAGAGCAAUGCCUUUUGCUGCUUCUGUUGGGGCUGUGUUGUGUUGUUGUCGUCAUUAUUAUUAUUAUUUGUACAUUUCAAGACUCCAUCAUUCAUUGACAGAGACUAAUACCCCUCACCCCAUGAAUAAGGAAACUGAGAAAGCAUUGUAACAACCCCUACCAAUGCUGGUUCCUGCUCUUGACUUGACCCCACAGAUACCCUCGCUUUAAAACAUGUGCUGUGAUGCAAGCCUUGGAAACGCAAAGAAUGCAUAGUUUUUGUUUCACUGGCCCAAACCCACGUUGAAGAACCUUGGAGGUGCCUCCCCAGCGGCAACUCCAGGAAAACUGAACUGUGUGUACCGAGUAUUUGCUCCUGUAUUUUAUGAACCAUAAUAACCUAGUCAGGUUUUUUUUGUUGGUUUUGUUUUGUUUUGUUUUGUUUUUGCAGUUCAGAUAUGUAAUUUAAAAGGCGCUUUUUACCAUAAGUGUUAUUUAAGUUUUCGUUUUUAAUGAUUGAUGUUUAUUAUUCUUCACUAGAGGAACUUUAUGGCUGAACUGGCUGGAAGCUUCUCUGAGCUCCAGGAAGCACUUCAGAACACAAGUCUGUGGGCUUUCGGUGAUGCACAGGAGUUGGGUGCCUCCCCCUCCCCCCUUUCAAAGUGCUAAGACUAUAAAACAAAACACUAAGUUGGCCAAGACGCAAUUGACUCCACUGAGACAGCCAUUCCUUGAUGUGCACUGUGUGAAUUCAGAAGACUGGAUUUUUCAUGUGUGGUGAUUGCAGUUAUCACAGAGAUGGCUGUGGUCAUUAGACUCACUGUGGUAUAAUCCUGAGGGGUUCAGGUCAUCAGGAAGGAAUCCCCCAUGUGGUCACUGUUAAUGUCACCACAUGGCCAUCUGAAUUCAAUUAUUGUAGACCCAGUCCACUCAAAAUACCCUCCCCACCACCACUACCACUCUGGGCCUUUCCAGACGCCCCCAAACUCUGCAUAUUUGAUUUUAGUGGGAUUCUGUCGCUUGCCCCAGUCACGUGGUAUUGGUGCUGUUGCCCAUCUGUGUGUGACACAUGGAGUCUAAACGCUAGAAAACAUUACAGUAAAUGCGGCGGUGUUGGUGGUCAGAUUUCCCCAGCAAAAGUUGGGUUGCAUUUUGAGUGCUAGGAACAUUUGAGUGCCUUGCCACAAAAGCAGUCCCAUGAAGAAAGACAUCUGAAUCCUCUGUAGCAACUGAUCUAACAACUGUGCAUGUUUCACAUGGCCAUGUGCACACCCUCAAAGGAACUCUGCAAAAGCACUCACGUUAAAUUGAGUGAUGUUCUGGGUUCUAGUUCCACAUGUGCAUAGAUCCACAGUCCUCUGCGCGUGCCCAGAGGACUCUCGUUCUGAGCUGUGGUGGAGCACAGCAGCUGCCUUGCUGGAUUACAGCUGGUGGGAAUGUACUGGUGGUGAAUCCUGGAGGAACAGCUGAAUGGCCUUUUUGAGCACUCCUGCAGCUUUGUAGCCAUUUCUUUUGAAGAGAUUCAUCUCAUUUGCUCUCGUGCCAUAAAUAAUUUUGUUCAGGUGAAGUUAAAUCUUUGCUCGUGUGCUCUCUCUAAUUAUUAUUAUUAAAACAGACAAAAAACCCAACUCCGAGCUAGAAAAUCCCUCUUAGAGAGUUACGGAACAAAUCCACCAGCCUAAACCAGCAACAAGGACCACGGGGUAUCAUGCGAUUGCCUUUUUAAAAUCUCCUAGGCUGUUCUAAGUGCAGACAGCAGUUUCACUCUGCUUCACGGGACAGAGAAGAAAUUCUGGGACAGGGGAAAGGCCGGUGUCUCGUAUGUUAAAUCCAGUUUACAUUUUUCAUCUUACACUCGCCAGUGCUUUGUGGGACCAUUCUGGUAUGACCGCAGUUUGCCGUGCCAAAUUGGGUGUUGACAUUCCUUUAAAAUUUGGAUUGUGUCUGUUCUCACAGUGUUUUUAGGGCUUUGAAUCUGCACUUGCUCAAGCACAUGAGUGCUCAAAGUGACCUCUGAUUAUCCGCUCAGUUGGUAGGAUCUGGGCAGAAUCAAGUCUUUUAGCUGGAUAAUUUUCCUGCCAUGUGCUAUGGGACUCCUUUAAGUCAUCUUCAACAGAGUAAUGCUUUGUGACAACCUGUUUAUCACAGUUGUAUUCCACCCUUCCUCCAAGGUGCUCAGAGUGGUGUAUAUGGGGAAUUGUCUUAAUUCUGUCUCACAACAACCCUGUGAGGUAGGUUAGACUGAGAGAUGGUGACUAGCCCAAUAUAUAUUCUAUUGCUGAGUAGGGAUUUGAACCCAGGUUUCCCCAAUUUUGCACUCUUAUCUACCGCACCACACUUACUCUCCACUGACUGACAAAAAACACACCACACAAGAUUGUUCUAGUUAGCGAUGCCACUUCUGGAUAUAAAGUUUCUGUAUCUUUUUAAGGGCUCUGUCUGGAUCAGCACGGCUGGCCUAGGUGUUCUCAUAGUGAUUCAGCAAGGCAGAGCUGUGUGGGGUAGCUGAAUGGUUUAAACCAUGGAUACUCAAACGUGGGUCCCCAGAUGUUGGGCUGCAGCCAGUGUUGCUCCUAACAGGGAUUCCCAGAUGUUGUUGACUACAUCUCCUCGAAUCCCUAGCUGCAACAGCUUUUGCUUGGGGAUUAUGGGAGUUGUGGUCAACAACAUCUGGGAAUCCCUGUUAGAGGGAACACUGGCUACAACACCCAUCAUCCCCUGCUGCAAUGGCCAGAGAGAAGCCCUGGUUUAAAGACUAGGUUGAAAGAAGCCAAGCCUAUGUAUGCUUCUGCUUGAUCUUGGAGCCUUAAAGGCCAAUCCUCAGUAAAGACACUUACAGGCAGCACCGGGACAGCUAAGAUUCAUGGCAGUUUUUGCUGUGGCUCCAGGUUGUCUGAGGUGCCAGAUCUUUGUUUCGAUACUUCAUAGUCACAUUCACAAGAAGCAUCAUACGGCCCAUAUGGAAGCCAAGACUGGAGCUUGUUACCAGUGUAAGCAUCUUUUGGAUUUGAGGUAUCAGAUUUGUUUCUGAAGUUUUCUACUGGAGCUGGCCGUAGUACAUAAGAGCCCUAUACCGCAGGGCAAUGUUUGUGCUGUAGUCCAGGGAAGCUCCUUCAGUACAAAAUAUUGCUGUUUGGAAAAAUGGGGGCCCCUGCAGCCGCAACACAGGGGUGGAGGGGGAAGGGAUGAGAAUGGCGGGCAACACAUGAGAGCGAAGUGUGCACUUACUGUGAAAAGGUGGAGUGUCCAGAAAGAGCCUCAGAAACCAGAAGGCUCCUUCUACCACUUGCUUUUGCGAUAUCCAGAGAAGAGCCUCCUCGGUCCUACUGAUGGGGGUCAGGGGUUGGCCAGCUGUCAUAUAUGUGGACUGUGGACAGUCCAGGGCCAGCCUAUUAGUGAACACAGCAAGAAACAGAGUAAUGGUGGGCUGCUGUGGAGUAGCAUAAGUGAGACUCCGAACUGACAGGCUUCACUUUCCCCUGGAUGUUCUUCUGUUGAGGCUUCUUCCCUCUCCCCUGCCUGGUAACAUCCUAACUUUGAAAGUUAGUUUCAUGUUUUGCUUACGCAAAUAGCAGAAUUUGAAACCAGUUCCCCUCACUUCAGUAGUGAUCAGCUGUGGCUGCCAUUAAAAAUAUAGACAGUCCUUUAACACCCCUAAGCUUCAUUCAGAUUUGAUAACACAUGACAAAGAAAUUCUGUUCCUGGGAUGUAAAACUUUAUGUGGGUAGGGAGACGCAAGGGGUUCUGGGGUUUUAAUUUUUUUAGAUUUAAUUACAAACUCAGCAGGUUGGAUAACCUGGUUUUUAAAUUGUAUUAAAAAUUCAGCAAAAACACACACACCACAACAAUUAGAAAAAAAAGUCUUCCAAGUUUUAAAUCCAAUAACUUAAUGAGCAAGAGCACCAAGCCUUUGAGUGUGAAUCAGAAAGCCCCACAGCCUCCACUUGUGAAUAUGAAGUGUAAAUCUGUGUUACUAUGAUUAUGAUUUUGUUCUGAGGAUCAAUUAGUGAUUUCCCUGACAGAUUUAAGCCAAGAGUUUGUAACUGUAUGAUAUUUACUGUAAGAUGUAGAACAUUGGAUAACUAUUAAAAUGUUUCCAAAAAAUCA